AAUAAAAAUUAUAUAUUUAAAAAGUAUAUAAAAUUUAAAUAUUUAAGUGCUUAAUCUAUCGAUAAAAGUGAAAUUUCUUUAAAUUUAAUAUUUUACUUUGUGAAAAUUUAAAAAUUUAUUCACAGCUGCUAAUCAUAAGCGGUCGUCGUAAUGUGUGUUCUGAAACCUGUGAGUUUACUUAUGUAGAUGUGCGUGUGUGUAUUUUAUGUUUAUUUUUGGAUGUAAAUAUACACCAAACAAAUCAACUUCAUCAAAAAUAUUUAAUGAAAAUAUUUUAAACGCGUUGUGUUCUUACAUUUAAUACGUUAUUAAAAAUUACUUAAUAUUACUAUAACUGCAAAUAAAAAGCAUCGAGGUGGAUAAUUUUUAUCUAAGAAUGGAUCCUUCGCGUGGAGACUCGCGCUAUAAUUUAAAUUACUCGAUGAGUAGUAUUGGAUUGUCUUUAGCGGAUCAAGCAGAUAUGUAUGGGAACCCAAAUGCUUUAGGAGGCAGACCUCCAAGUACUGGUAUUUUACAAGGCAUUAGUGGAGUUGGAGGAGGUCCUCCUGGAGGACUUUUAUCCCGUUCUGCUGGAAAUCUUAUGUCAAAUACCCAAUGCCAAUCUUUAGGCAGCAACAAUACUAGUGGUCACGGCGGCAACCAGCAAAGAGGUUUGAAAAGAGCAGGCUCUGAUUGCUAUGAAGAUUCCCAUCAUCGUGUAAGUGCCGGUAGUAUUACUUCUCUUCAAGGACUGGAUGCUUGUGGAAGCACGUCAAAUGUACAACACAGUAGCCAGCAGCAACCGCAAUCAAGCAGUGCUAGUGUACAAGAUAUUGUGGAUGAAAGUUAUAACAUACAGAGCAAAAAGUCCCCACCGGCUAAUGGUAAAAAAACGAAAGGUCGAGUCAAAAUAAAAAUGGAAUAUAUUGAUAACAAAUUGAGACGUUAUACAACGUUUUCAAAACGUAAAACAGGAAUCAUGAAAAAGGCAUAUGAACUUUCAACAUUAACUGGAACUCAAGUUAUGUUGCUAGUUGCUUCCGAGACCGGUCAUGUUUAUACAUUUGCAACGCGUAAAUUACAACCAAUGAUAACCUCAGAAGCAGGAAAACAAUUAAUACAGACUUGUUUAAACUCCCCUGAUCCCCCAAGUGUGGGAGGUGGAGACCAAAGAAUGUCAGCCACUGGAUUUGAAGAAACGGAACUCAGUUACAACAUUGCGGAUGAGGACUCAAAAGUAAGACAAUUAAUUUAUGGUCAUCAUGGUCACGCUCAUCUCGGACAUCCGCAAACUGCAGCUUCACAUUACAGUCUUGAUCAAAGUAUAAUGCAGUCGCCGUAUAGCGGUGGACAACCUUCACCUCUUUCUCAUUCCCAAGCAUAUACACAUGCUCAUCAUUCGCAUGUGUCCCAUGUCCCUCACUCCUCUCAUUCUCAUAUGUCACAUACGCAUCCACAACGGUAAAAAUCCCUGCACAAAGAAAAAUAACAUAAUUGAGUUAAUUUCAAUAAUAUUAAAAUAUUUUAGCUGAAUUCUUCUGUUUCAAAUGUGCAUUUGAAAUUCAAAGAUAAAUAGAUAAUUUCAAUAAUCUUUAUAAACGUUUUUAAUACCCUACUCAAUAUAAUAGUAUAUGGUUUUCAUUUAUGAAUCAUAACAACACAUCAACUUUAUUUAUUAUUCUCUAUAAUUACUCUGAGAUCUCGUUUUCUUAUAAAAAUUUCAUAUACAUAGUAUACAUACUAAUAAUUUUCACAAGUACUUUAUUAUUUAAUAUAAUUUUGAAUAUGUCUUCAGUCGUAUGCUUCUUUACACAUGCAAAUAAGUAUGUGUAUAUACUAGUCAUUUCCGAUGCUAUUGUAUACUUAAUUCUGAACUAAGUUUAAAUUAUUCACUAACUAUAGUGCUCAUUUUAUUUAGAAAAUAUUAGAUACGCGUAUAUUUAAAAGCAAUAGAAUAAAUAAAAUUUGGUGUACAGUAUAUAGGGACGAUCAUAUAGUUUGAAAAACUAACAAAUACUAAUUUAUAAAUAAUUUUAAUUUUAACAAGGCUAUAAAUGUAAUAUCAUUAAAUAAAAGAAAAACACGUAUAUUAUGAUAGUAUAUAUAUUUAUUAUGUUAAACCCCAAAUCCCUGAUUGUAACGAAGUGCCAUUAAUGCAGACAUAAUUCUUAAAUAAAAAAUAUUUUAUUUAAGAAGAAAAUCUGUCAUGUUUUCGAAGAGCUUUUAUUAUAUUUCAUUUUACAAAAUACAAUUUAUAUAGUGCCAUGAUAAAUAUAUAACAUUUAUAUUUUGAAAGUAAGAAUGUGCAAUAAUUCAUAUCAAAUAAAAUCCUACAAUAUUAGUAUAAUUUGAAUAAAAGCAGAUAGAUGAGUGAGCGUGAUCAGUUAUAUUUUUAGUAAUAAACAAUAUACAUACAUACAUACAUACGUAUUGUUGUGCAUGUUUACGUAUUUAAAAAGAGAUUUUUAUUUUAAUUGCAUACCAUUUUAUUUAAUAACAUCAUAUAAAAUUCUGACGUAGAACUUUAAUUUCAAUACUCAAAUUAUAAAUGGAACAAAUGACUUUUUACUAUUUGUUCUCUAUUAUUUAUAUUAAGCAUGCGUAGAUAGUUAAUUCUUUUUUAAUUAUAUAAUAAAUUGUAAUUAAAGUAAUUUUCUGUCAAACAGAAUAUUUAAAUUUUAAAUAAAUAUAAAAAAAAUAGU